AUGCCAAAACUUAUUGCAAACAGCAAAAUAAAUUGCUCUGCAGUAAAUGUCUUUAAAAUGCCUCUCAUUCGCACUUUCUUCAGGAUGAGAAGGGAGAGAAAUUUCAAGGUGGAGGAGAUACAAGACAUGAUUAGUAAAAGUUGUCAUCUCUUAAGGAUGCCUACAAUUGAUGACCAAGCAAAUCAUCAAUCUUAAAACAGAGAUUACAUCCUGAGUUUCAUUUCAGAUUUCUCAAGAUUAGUUGACCUUCAAUUGUAAUUGAGAAAGAUAGGAUAAGAGCAUAUUACUAUUCCAUAGUUAUUCACUAUUAGUGGAACAACUUAAUUUUUAUACAAAGCAACCAGAGAUGGGUUUAAAGCAGCAGAUUUCCAUGAAAAAUGCGAUAAUCAAGGUCCAACAAUAUCAUUUAUAUUAAGUGAAGCUGGUUAGGUAUUUGGUGGCUACUCAUCCAUUUCUUGGGAAUCUCCUGAGCACAACCAGGAUCUUUGUGACAAAAAUGCUUUUAUAUUUUAACUGACCAAACAUUCUCUUCAUAAGUAGUAUCGUAAUUUUGAUGGAGCUGUUGGACAUUAUAAAAAUUAUUUGCAGGUAUUUGGAAUAGGAGAGAGUGACUUCGUUAUCAAGGAAAAUAGUGAUUAAUUUUCAGAUAGUUAUUGCAAUUUAGGAAGUACUUAUACUCCAGUUUCCAGCCAAAAGGAUUAUUCCCGAGAGUAUUUAGCUGGAAGUCAUUUCUUCAAAACUAUAGAGAUUGAAGUUUACAAAGUCAAUAUUUGA